AAAUGCUGACCAUUCAGUUUGCUUGUCGAACAUGUAAACUACAUUCUUUAGUCAUUUUAAGAACUCUGAAUUCUCAAUUAUAUAGAAAUAACAUGAAAAACUUAUAACAUUUAAAUAUCGCACACUAAGAUAACGUAUCAUUGCAGAUAAGGCACAGACUAAAUCCUACUCCUAAACCACGAUACGCUUGUAACUCUACAGAUGGUAACUAGUCCUAAACUGGCUAACUACCUUACCAACGUAAGAACAACUUUUCGUUUGUUUACAUACGAUUGUGGAAAAAGUCACAAUUUAAAGGUAGCGUGGAUCGUAUCUUUGUUUCCUGAAUGAAACGAUUCACUUAACUUAACGUUUGUCUCGCCAUUCGCACAAUAACUUGAUUGUUUUUUUCUUUAUUUUUGUACCAAUUGAGUAUAACUUUUACGUCUGUAAACGCUAAUAAAACAUAACCCUAAAAGCAAAAAUGUGCCGGUCGAAUUUUCGCAUAAAGCUCGAUUUGUGCAAAUUUUAUAAUGAUGUUCGUCGAUUUUGUUGGAUAUUUGUCGACGGUGCAAAAAUGUUGCAAAUCUCUCACUUGAUGGAGCACAUUACAAAGCUGUUCAAUAUGAAAGAAUCAUUCCACUUGUUGUUAAACGAGAUCGAAUAUUUGCCACCUAACGAAGACAUUCGUGUUCUCAAGGAGAACGAAACGAUUUCGGUUUGUCCAGGGUCUGGAUUAGAAAAUGGACCAGAUUUAUUUACACAUACGGUAACAGAAAGUGAAAAUAAUGUCAUGAAAAUAGAGAGAAAUAAUUACUCUAUUCAACAUAAGGAAUCUCAAACCAACCUAUCCCCACAGAAGAUAAAUUCAAUGCUAGUACAAGAGAAUCUGUCGAAUGAUAUUUUAAAUAGGUCGCAAAGAGAUAUUUUAGAAACUAGUACGACAUGUAGCAGGACAGAAGAUGACACGGUCAGUAUGGUUGACUCAAAAACUAACGAUUCAAUUUUAAUCAAUGAUGUUAGUAUAUCAGAAGAUUGUGUGUUGACUAAAAAGAGAAGAAGACGAACAAGACAGAAGAAGCCCAAAUAUGUUAAGCAACCAGUUGUAGAAGAAGAAAACAAACCAAAGAAGCCAAAAAUAAUAAAUUCUUAUAUAAUUUCUUCUAGUAAGCAUAUAAGAUUUGAUAAUGCGGAUACAGAGGAAGUUUUGAUAAAAGAUGUUAUCCAGGGGGAAACAAGGAAUGAAUACCUAAAUAAAGAAUCACCUCCUCAUGAACUUGCUAAUUUACUGUCGCUGGGUCAAAAUUCUGUACCAGCUACUUUUACAAAUACGAAAGUCAAGGAGGAGAUCAAAGUAGAACAUAUGUCCGAUGAAGAGACUAAUCACAAUAUGUCGUUCGAAAAUACAAACGAAAGUAUAUCUUUAAGUAAAGAAUUACAAGAGGGAAAGGAACUAUCGAAUAAAGAUAUCUCAGCAUGCCCUGUUAUGACAACGAAACCUCAAAUUAAAGACUUUGUAGGUUUUAAGAUGCUCAAAAUUGGGGUGGAUUAUACGCCACAAGUAUCAGAGUUUAUUGUGGCGGAAGUUAUAUCUUAUUGUCCAACAACACUGAUGUAUACCUUCAAAGUAUUGCAAGGUUUAUCCGAGCUACAGGUGCCAGUUGGAAAGUUUACACUUGUACAAGAUGACGAAGAACGUGUAAUAAAUGAUACAAUAACACUAAAUUCUGCACAAUUAAUAGAACCUCGUCUUGUGUCUUCAUCUAAUUCAGACAAGACACCUACUUCCAUUAAUAAUUGUAGUAAUUAAUUAGAUACCUUUUAAGUACUUUUAACAUUGAUAUUAUCGUAUUUUUUUUAUAUUUUAUGUAAGUAGAACAUUCACAUGCCAAAUAAAGUGGAUUAUCUUUUAAUUAC